AUCAAACUCUGUUACGCUCAUUCCGUUACCCUCUCAGGCCUCUCACUCGCUACAAAUUUACCACAUAUCCACUUUUAAGAAAGAAAUCAUUGAUACGAACCAUGUCCAACGACGCCUCUCUUCCUCCUCUCGACAACCCCUCCAAAUGGGUCACCGGCGGCGACGCCCCCACGGACCGUCAAAAGGGCUUUAUCGGCCAGCUCGCUGAGUCUACUGGGGAGGACGUCGACCCGGACAGCUUGACUAAGGGAGAGGCGAGCUUGAAAAUAGACGAGCUGAAGAAGAAGCAGGAUGAAGGGGUUCAGAGUGAUGAUGGUCCCAGGGUGAGUACACGCUAUCCAAUGAUGAUUGGGAUUGAGUGGACAAGGUCGGAAUGUUGAUGAGAUUCAAACUGUGAUGAUCCACCUUUCGUUUGAUCAGUCGAAGACGACGGGGAGCGACAAGUUGCCCUCGGAGCUUCCGGCUGAUGAGACCAGCCCACCUUCCGAUUCUCACCUCGCCCACCCGGAAACGUGGACUACCGGCGGAGACCCAGCGACGGACAAGCAGAAGGGGUUCAUCCACGUCCUCGCUAGGCAGCACGAUACCAAGGAUCCGAUCCCCGAACAGAUGAGCAAGAGCGAGGCGAGCGAGAUGAUCGAGAAGCUCAAGAGGGCUUGAGGCUAAGAGAGGUCGGAUUGGAUCGAGUUAACGUGGUUUGUAGCUUUUACGGUGGAAUUCUGGUGCCAUGAUACGUUUGUAGCGAAAUAAAUAUU